CCGGCCUGGCUGCGGCUGCGCGCCUUCCCCACGUGCUCUGCGGCGCAUGCGUGCGGCCUGCGCCUGCGCAUUGCCAGCCGCGGCGCAGCGCUGCUCGGUGCUGCCGGCCUCCGGACUGAGCGGCCAUGGGGUGGCGGGCGGCUGGGUCGCUGAGGGCCAGGUAGCAGUAGGGCAGCAGGGACCGCUGGCUCGGCCCAGCAUGUAGACGUCCACGCGGGCGCGCGGCAGCCGACGGCAUUGGUGUUUUUCUCAUUCAACUCUGGAAAUGGAACAAGAAAAGAUGAAUGUGAGUAAAGAGCUGAGUCCUGACUCAGCCUCAUACCACUGCUCAGCAUGCCAUGGGGAUGAGACCUGGAGCUACAGCCACCCCAUCCGGGGCCGGGCCAAGUCUCGGAGCCUGUCAGCCUCACCUGCCCUGGGCAGCACCAAGGAGUUCAGGAGGACCCGCUCUCUCCAUGGGCCGUGCCCAGUGACCACAUUUGGACCAAAGGCCUGCGUGCUCCAGAACCCCCAGACCAUCAUGCACAUCCAGGACCCCGCAAGCCAGCGGUUGACAUGGAACAAGUCUCCCAAGAGUGUGCUCGUCAUCAAGAAGAUCCGAGACACCAGCCUCCUGCAGCCCUUCAAAGAGCUCUGCGUGUACCUCAUGGAGGAAAACAACAUGAUCGUGUAUGUGGAAAAGAAAGUGCUGGAAGACCCUGCUAUAGUGAGUGAUGAAAACUUUGGACCAGUGAAGAAGAAGUUCUGCACUUUCCGUGAAGAUUAUGAUGACAUUUCUAACCAGAUAGACUUCAUCAUAUGCCUUGGAGGAGAUGGCACCCUGCUGUAUGCCUCCUCACUUUUCCAGGGCAGUGUGCCUCCUGUUAUGGCCUUCCACCUCGGAUCCUUGGGCUUCCUGACCCCGUUCAACUUCGAGAACUUCCAGUCCCAAGUGAAUCAGGUGAUAGAGGGGAAUGCCGCUGUUAUCCUGAGGAGCCGGCUGAAGGUCAGGGUGGUGAAAGAGCCCAGAGACAAGAAGACAGCCGUCCACAACGGCCUCAGCGAAAAUGGCCUGGACACAGAGGGCGGAAAGCAGGCCAUGCAGUACCAGGUCUUAAAUGAAGUAGUGAUCGACAGAGGCCCCUCCUCGUAUCUGUCCAACGUGGAUGUCUACCUGGACGGGCACCUAAUCACCACUGUGCAGGGUGACGGAGUGAUCGUGUCCACCCCGACGGGUAGCACAGCAUAUGCAGCUGCAGCCGGGGCCUCCAUGGUCCACCCCAACGUGCCGGCCAUCAUGGUUACACCUAUCUGCCCCCAUUCGCUGUCAUUCCGGCCCAUCGUGGUCCCUGCAGGGGUCGAGCUGAAGAUUAUGCUGUCACCGGAAGCCAGGAAUACUGCUUGGGUGUCUUUUGAUGGACGGAAGAGGCAGGAAAUCCGCCAUGGAGACAGCAUCAGCAUCACGACCUCCUGCUACCCGCUGCCCUCUAUCUGUGUGUGUGACCCUGUGAGUGACUGGUUUGAGAGCCUUGCCCAGUGUCUGCACUGGAAUGUUCGAAAGAAGCAAGCUCACUUCCCAGAGGAUGAGGACCAGGAUGAGGAGGACAGCUAGACCACACUUCCCAGCUUCCAAAUGGAUCAGGCCCUCAAGUCCUUGGGGGCCUUCUUUCUCUUGCUCUCCUGCUGGCCUUCUGGCUGACCUGGCCUUGACAUACCACGUGGCUGUCCAGGCAUCUAUGUCCUGCCUGCCUUCCUGGGAGAGCUUGGGUCUGCCUUUUGCAGAACAGAUCAGCUUUUUAAUGUUUUUAAACCUUUUACAUUUCUAAAGAAGCAAAAUGAGAACUGGGCAGGGUGUCCUUCAUCUCUCCCACGGGCCCCCGGAGACCCCAGGUCAGAAAUUCCCAUAAAUCAGUCUGUUGAAAUUCUGAGGGGGUCAGAAUGAAUUGAUCUUCCUUUUGAUAUUGAAAUAAAUGUCUCAGCCAGAAAUCUUCCUUUAACUGCAGUGCUUUUCCCCAAGGCCUGUACCUUUGCCCCUGUAACUCUUGGGGUCACCUGGCAGCUUUGCUAUGGGUUGGCAAGGCAAGCUUGCUUCUUGUGUUUCUGGAGAUGGCUAGGUGCCUCUGAGUAUGGCCCAACACCUCUGACCCUUCUGGAGCAGACAGAGGCAACACCUGGCACAGCCAUCCAACAACCUGACAUUCCUCACACAGCAGGGCAGCAGCUCCUGGGACAUUCUAAACCCUGUGUAUACUUCUUAGAGGUUAUUUUAAACUUUCUGAAGUGAUUAUGUACAUAUUUUCUUGUACACACUUUGUGAAGAUUUGGAGGGGACUGCCUGUUGUUCAGUGUUUACAUUGUGUCCAGCCCGUGCAGAAAAAGCAGGACAGGGCUCUGUGCUUCCACUCUUCCCUUAUAUACACAGUGGCCACAGGGGAUUCGAGACCAUCUCACCAUUGACAUCAGGCUUAUGGUCCUGCUCUCCUUCCACAGGAGUCUUAGGUUUGCAGCUGAGCAGCAGCCAUGUGGAGCCCUGUGUGCCAUGUAUGUGUGUAACACAUGGGUGCCACGCAGGGCCCGGAGCCUUUGUGGAGUCAGUGGUCAGACAAGGCACCUCAGUUAGAUUACCUGCUUUCAGUUUUAUCUUCACCUCUUACUGCGGCAGGAGUAGGAAGGGAGGACUGCCCAGCCUUUCACUGCUUCUGUCUCAUGCUGCUAGAGAAGGUUUGCUGGCUGCUGUAGAGCUGACCACACUGAGCUUUCUUCUACCUGUUAAAGCCAGCACUUACUGGGUCCUUGUUGACACACCUCAGCAUUGGUGGCGUCCUAAUGGCGUCAGGUGCUGUUAAGCCAUGGUGGCUCAUCCCCAAGGCUAGGCUGUUCACCUGUGACGACCACAGCAGAAGUGGUCCAGAGGAGAGCAGGCUCUGGAGCACGGGUCACACAUCACAAAGCAAGUGUUGACAAGUCUAGAAGCAGCUGCCACCAGAUUGAUGUAGAACACAUGGAGUUUUCACGUAAAUUCUUAAUGUUUCUUAUUGUUAAUAUCUUAAAAAUUUGUUAAUUGUUAAUGAAGGCCUUAUUACUAUUUUCAGAUUCUUUCCAUAAAUAAACUUGUUUUUAAAAACUGA